AUGCGAGCAGGACAAUACGAUCCCAAGCAGCAGAAGUGUGUUGUCAAUGACAUUGCAGUACCACAGCCUGGGCCAGGACAGUAUCUGAUAAAGAUCAAAAGCGCGUCCCUCUGCCACUCAGAUCUUCUAGCUAUACAGGCUGCUCAGGCUGGAGGGGGUGCACCCAUCACAAUUGGCUUCCAGAUUGGCGACGCCGUGGGGUUCUUGUACUUCGAUGGGGGCUGCUACGAGUGCGAGGGCUGCUUAGCCCACAACUCGCAGUGCAAGAAAAGCACAGCUUUGCUCCAUGGCUUCACGACGGACGGCUUUUUCCAGGAGUAUGCCACUGUCGACUGGCAGAAUUGCGUCGCGUUGCCAUCGAAUCUGGACAUUAAAAAGUGUUCGCCUAUCUUCUGUGCUGGUAUUACUGCAUUUCACGCGGUCAAUUCGUGCGAUCUCAAACCAGGUCAAUGGUUUGGCGUGAUUGGCGCGGGCGGCUUGGGACAACUAGCGACACAAUACGCGAAAGCAAUGGGUCUCAAUGUGAUCGCCAUCGACAUCAACGACGGCACACUUGAAGUAUGCAGGUCUCAAGGCGCAGCUCACGUCUUCAACUCGAAGACCAACCCUAAGUACGUUGAGGAAAUCAAGCAGCUGUCCGACGGAGGCUUUCAUGCUGCGGCUGUCUUCAGCGCGUCGAACGUUGCUUACUCGUCUGCUCCAAGUCUUUUGCGAGUGAACGGGAUUUUGAUGGUCAUUGGAAUUGCGAAAGAGCCACUGCAGGUCAGCACCUAUGAUCUAGCCGUGGCAAACUAUCGCAUUAUGGCAGAGAGCACGUCCACGCCUCAGAGGAUGGGGAAAGCAAUUGAAUUUACCGCGAAGCACAAUAUACUGCCGGAAGUUGAGUUCAGGAAGCUGGAAGAACUCAACGACAUGGUGAACGAGAUGCAUGCCGGGCAGAGUCAGAGAAGGAAAGUCGUGGUUUUCGAUGAUUGA